UACAGAUGACUAAUAGAUUUUUUUAAAGAAAAAAAAACUUCUUCCUCUACAGAAAAAUGGAGAACCAUUCUAUAACAUUCAUGAAUGAUGAUUGAUGAAUCAUUCCUUAUGGCCUAAAAUUAAAAUUCGGAGGCAUGGGAAUCUUCUUCCUCUCUGUCCUCCUCCUCUCCUCCACCCUCAUCCUCCCCUCUGCCCCCACUGACACCAUCACUCCGUCCCAUUCUCUCGCCGCCGGAGAAACCCUCAUCUCCGCCCAAGGCACUUUCGAGCUAGGAUUCUUCAACGUCGCUGCACCUUCCAGCUCUUACUUAGGCAUAUGGUAUCACAAAAUUCCCAUUCGAAAAAUCGUCUGGGUUGCUAACCGCAAAUCUCCAAUCACCGCCCAAAACGCCACCCUUUCUCUAACCACCAACGGCAAUAUUCUCAUCACCGCCGGCGACGUCCUCGGCGGCGGCAUCAGAACCUUUUGGUCGACGAAUACCUCCAGCACAAAAAUUCCAUCUUUGAAACUCGUCGACUCGGGCAACCUCGUGCUGACCGACGGUGGAUCAAAUGCUAUUAUUUGGGAGAGCUUUUCCGACCCUUCCGACACUUUCCUCCCCGGAAUGGAACUCGGAUUAGACCUAAGACGUCACCUUGAAAGGAAACUCACGUCCUGGAAAUCCCCCGACGACCCCUCGCCGGGUGGGUACACCUACGGUGUUCGCCGCACCGGUUCAUCCGAGCUCGUACUCAAGAAUGGUUCAAACAUCGAGUUUCGAACCGGGCUAUGGACCGGAGUUUCAUGGAGCGGCAUUCCCCAAAUGAUUUCGGACGCCCACUUCAUCUACACCUUCGUGGUUCAACCUGACCAAAUUUUCUACAAAUACGAAUCGAUAAAUAAGUCUGUAAUGAGUUUUAUAACCGUCGAUCCCAGCGGCCAUAUACAACGGCUGGUAUGGCUCGACGGCCAGUGGAGGCAGUACUGUACACUGCAGCUGAACAAUUGCGACCGGUACGGCACGUGCGGGGUGUUCGGGAUAUGCAACGUGUAUUACUCUGAAGGGGUUUGUAAGUGUUUACAGGGAUUUGAACCAAGGACUAUGGUGGAUUGGACGUUGAUGGAUUAUUCGGGCGGGUGUAAGAGGAGGACGGCAUUGGCUUGCUCAGGAGGAGGGGAUGGUUUCGUUAAGGUGAGUGGCGUGAAGUCACCGGACACGGAGAACGUGACGGUGGCUGCCGGCCUGGGACUGGAGGGCUGUCGUGCGUUGUGUUUGCGGAAUUGCUCAUGUGUGGCUUAUGUUAUGGUUGGUGAGAAUUGUUUGUGGUGGACUGGUAAGCUAAUGGACAUCAAGGAGUUUGCUCAAGGGACUCAAGGAGGUGUGGAUCUCUACCUCCGGCUAGCUGCCGCUGAUUUGGGUAUGAUCUUUAGGCCUUAUUUAAAUAAAACGGACGUAUUAGCCAUUAGGAAGCAUAUAGUUGCAGUAGUCAUCCCAUUGGGGCUAGCUUUUAUCAUAUUCUCCUGCUUUGGGAUAUAUACAUUAAGGAAGAAAAGAAAGCAGGGUGUAGGGCAUGGUUAUGUGAAGGAGAGCAGAGGAAAAGAGAUGGAACUUCCCGUAUUUGAUAUGUCAGCAAUUGAGAUUGCUACAAAUAACUUUUCUGAUGAAAAUAAGCUUGGACAGGGCGGAUUUGGCCCUGUUUAUAAGGGUCAUUUAGAAGAUGGACAAGAGAUUGCUGUCAAGAGAUUAUCUAGAAAUUCUGGUCAAGGGUUGGAUGAGUUCAUGAAUGAGGUUAGGUUAAUUUCCAAACUUCAACACAGGAAUCUAGUUCGUCUUCUUGGCUGUUGCAUCCAUGGAGAGGAAAGGUUAUUGAUUUAUGAGUACAUGCCCAACAAAAGUUUGGAUUCUUUCAUAUUUGAUAAAGCAGGCAGGUGUCAGUUGAGUUGGCAAAAAAGAUUUGAUAUAAUUCUUGGAAUCGCUCGAGGUCUUGUCUAUCUUCAUCAAGAUUCUAGAUUAAAAAUUAUUCAUAGAGAUCUCAAGGUUAGCAAUGUUCUUCUUGACAAGGAGUUGAAUCCUAAAAUAUCUGAUUUUGGCAUGGCGAGGAUAGUAGUAGGAGACGAAAUGGAAGAAAACACGGAGAAAGUGGUUGGAACAUAUGGAUACAUGUCACCUGAGUAUGCAAUGCAUGGUAUAUUUUCAGUAAAAUCUGAUGUCUUUAGCUUUGGAGUUAUUGUACUUGAAGUUCUUACUGGUAAGAAGAAUAAAGUGUUUGAUCUAAAUGAAAGCCAUAUGAGCCUAGUAGUGCAUGCCUGGAGACUAUGGUCAGAAAAUAAAUCCCUGGAGUUGGUCGAUGAUGCACUGAAGUAUGGCUAUCCCGAGCAAGAAGUUCUGCGAUGCAUGCAAGUUGGUCUCCUUUGUGUGCAAGAAGAGAGCGAAGAUAGGCCUACAAUGGCUUCAGUGGUUUUGAUGUUGGGCAGUGAAGCCAUGACACUACCUCAACCUAAGAGGCCUGGCUUAUAUCUCAAAGAAGGUUCUGAAGUAGCAGAUUUGUCAACGUCGGACCAUGUCGAUUAUACUAGAAAUGAUAUCACUCUUACAAUGAUCCAUGGUCGAUAGAGAAGUUGAACCGAACUUAUUAAUAGCCGGGGUGGUAUAAAUGACAGUAAAAUAUGACUGAUGUCCAACAAAUUAAUCAAGAUGUUGCGGCUUUGUUGGGACUGAUAAAAUUUUUCCAAUGCAUGGGCUAUUUUUACAUAGUCAUUGUAAAUUUCAAGAUUAUGAUAGACAGAAAGAUAUGCACUGCUUCAUCAUCAAAAGUGAUCUUCCUCCUCACUCAACAGUGCGGCUACUUGAUAUUUUUGUUAUUGGUUCUGUUUCUAUGGCUUAUAGGCAGCAUAAGUGUUACAAUUGCUCUAUUUUUCUCUUUGGUAUCUGAUAUGUUUAGCUAUUUUAAUAAAAGUUGAGUUAGGUAUGGUUUGCAGUCAAA